GCAACUUCGGGUCCAACGGGCACCUUUCAGCCAGAGUGCUCGACGCCACGGACAACAUGGUGGACCAGGAGAAGGUCUCGGCCUACCCUGCAAAGGUCACUACAGGACUCUGGUCUGUGCUGUGGGCUGCCUCCCUGCAGGAUGCGAUCACGGUGGGCAUCGCGCCAGACGCGCUCAAUGUCAUCAAGCUCGCCAAAGGGGAGGCCACCAGCCAUGCCCGCGAGAAGCUAGGUACCCCCAUGCAGAUCAUGGCGGAUCUAGUCGGGAGUGCGCUGCCAUUCACUCGGGCGCGCAUCAAGUCGCACAUCGUCCACCCAUGGAACGGGCUGGCGGAUGGAGUGGCCGACCAAGCAGUCACGGCCAGCGAGCUGCUGACGCGUGAGCGGUUGCGAGACGCUGAUGCCAGGCAGGCCGCAGCCUACCCGCCCAUUGUCGACGGCCUGUUUGCGUUCCCCGCCGCCCGGCCCAAGGCCAGUUCAGAGGCGGUCCAGCUGCUUCAGCGAGGCGCCCAGAUCAAGGCGGAAGUAUUCUUGGAGCUGUACACCUACAACUCCAGGUCGUUGCCGGCGAAGGUGGCCAUGCAGGAGACCCACGGCAAGGGCAACGGAAGGGCCGCCCGCCGGCCAGCCAGCAGUCACGUUCCAGCAGCCACCAUCAACACGAUGCUGCACCUGGCAGCCCAGUUCGCCGACAUGGGCGUCCACGUGGUCGCCUUCCAGGAGACCAGCUCGGACGGAGAGGACCUCGGCAUGGGCUGCGACAUUUGGCUCGACGCGACCCUGCUGUUUCCAGCGCAAGGCCAGCCCCAGACGCUGGGCCCCAAGAAGACGCUACUCCACCAGUCGGACCGCAUCUUGGUUCUAAGAACCACAGUCUUGACCGCCGAGAUCGCCAUCGCAUCGGUGCAUGCGCCGCACGACGAGGCGGACGGGGCCAUGGAGGGCUAG